GUUAAAUAUUCCGACUCCAUUUUCCCCUUCUGCUCAAAUCAGCCUCCGUCUCAUCUUUUCCCUCGGCCACUUUGCCUCUCCAGAAGCCAUGGCUGUGCCUUUGUUGAACAAAAAGGUUGUGAAGAAGCGUGUCACCCAGUUUAAGAGGCAUCACAGCGACAGAUAUGCCUGUCUCAAGACCAACUGGCGCAGGCCCAAGGGUAUCGACUCCCGUGUCAGGAGAAAGUUCAAGGGAGUCACCUUGAUGCCAAAUAUCGGCUAUGGAUCAGACAAGAAGACCCGUCAUUACCUACCCAACGGGUUUAAGAAAUUCCUUGUUCACAACGUUAAGGAGCUCGAAAUUCUCAUGAUGCACAACAGGAAGUAUUGUGCUGAGAUAGCACACAAUGUCUCGACCAGGAAAAGAAAGGAAAUCGUUGAGCGGGCAGCUCAGUUGGAUGUGGUCGUGACCAACAAACUUGCUAGGCUCCGCAGCCAGGAAGACGAGUAAGCUGUUGCAAAGCUCUCCCUAUUAUACUUUUUGUUACUUUUUUCUUCUUCUGUUGGAAUGUUUCAGUAUUCAGAUUAUUGACUGGAGAUUUGAAAUUUUGUCUGGGUUUUUGAGUUAUGCAAUCAAGACAUGUUGAGCUUUCA